CAAGAGCCCAAUCCAGUGCCCAAUCAAAAGCCGUGAACUACCUCAGUGAGCUGGUUUGAGUGGUUGGUCAACUAUUACGUCAUAGUUUGGAAUACACUUCGAGGAAAAUUGACUGGUUAACUUAUUGUUGACCCGGUUUGUGUGGUUAACAUCGAGGAAAAAUGGCUUUAAGUUUCAUGACUGACAAGACUGACCAGAGAUUCCCGUGUUCUGACAUCACAUAUUCCGGUGGCGGAUUCAGAUGAAUGAAACGUAAAGGCUGUAAGACAGAAGUGACUGAUGUAUUUUUUCUUCGGGACUUGCCUCAGUUGUUUAUUUACUUUUUAUGACAGUUAUUUGAUUUGAAUUCAAAAAAGGUGGAUAGCGAUUAUAGGAAAGAAAAAACGCACUCAAUAAUCAUGGGAAUUAAAAAUUUGUGGACACUUUUAACCCCUUUUUGUGAAAGGAAACCACUGUAUGAACUUUAUGGAAAAACUGUUGCAAUUGAUUUAUCUUGUUGGAUUUGCGAGGCACAAAACAUAGCAGAAUAUCAAGUGCAACCACGAAUGUAUUUAAGGAACUUGUAUUUCCGAGCAUGUUACCUACUCUUGAUACAAGUGAACCCUGUCUUCAUAUUAGAAGGAAAGGCUCCCGAGCUGAAAUAUGACACGAUAGCGGCGAGAAACGCUGUACAAUUCAAAGGGGCCAAACCCAAGAGUGAUAACAUCAGGACUGGCAAAGACAGGACGAGGUUCAACUUUGUAUUGAAACAAUGUGAGGAAAUGCUUGGUCAUAUGGGUUUAGCAUGUAUCACUGGGAAAGGGGAAGCAGAAAGCCUGUGUGCAUAUCUGAAUGAUGAAGGUCUUGUUGAUGGUUGCAUUUCUCAGGAUUCAGAUUGUUUUGCUUAUGGUGCAAAAAUUGUUUAUCGAAACUUUUCCAUUGCCUCACAAGGUGCUUAUACAGCUAGUGGUGGGGCUGUUGAUAUUUAUGACAUAAACAAAGCUUGUCACAGCAUGAAUUUCGGUCGAAAUAAAAUAAUCGCCAUGGCCUUAUUGUGCGGUUGCGAUUAUAACGAUGGUGUACUGGGAGUUGGAAAGGAGUCGGUAUUCAAGCUCUUCGAAAAAUUAUCGGACGAAGAAACUUUGGACCGGUUGAGGUCGUGGAGGAAAAAUGAUGAAAUGUACGAGAAAUUCGAGAAUCAGGUUUCGGAUAAAAAUAUCUGUACUUCCUGUGGACACCGUGGAAAAUUACAAGCACACAAUAGAAAUGGUUGCAACAUUUGUGGAACGAUCAGUGGAUGUGAUCCUUUCAAGUUCAAAGAAGAAAGGAUGAGAAUCAAGAAUGAACUGAACAUAAGAAGCAGAGCUCUGCAAGAUCCGAAUUUUCCCGAUGAAAAUUUGAUCAAUGAAUUUCUCGUGAAGAAAGACAACGUUUCCAAACUUGAUUUGAAAUGGAGGCAGCCGGAUUUAGUUGCUUUCGUGCAUUUUUCUGCAAAAUUUUUGCAAUGGGAAGAGCUAUAUGCGUUUGAGAAAAUGCUUCCAAUAUUGACCAGGUGGCAGUGUUUGAAUUAUGAUGCUUUGGAGAAUAAGAAUAUUAAAGGCAAACUGUUUCCCAAACGUAUCAAGAAAGUGAGGAACCCGAAAGGAAUCCCAAGUUAUGAAAUCGUCUGGUUUGAUAAGAAUGAAUAUUUCAAGGGUCUAGUACCAGAAGAUCAAAUACAAGAAGAACAAGCAGACGUGGAAAAAAUAUGGUCUACCAUAGAACCUCAAAUUUUAGUAGACAAAGCAUAUCCAAAGUUAGUUGAAGACUUCCGUCUAAGCAAAAUAAAACCGAAAACUAGCAAGAGAAAGAAAAAAGCUGGAACUGAGGAGCUGGUGAAGAACAGUUCCAUCUCGGAACCAGUAUUGAAAAAGCCCAAGAAGAAACAAGAUAACAAAAAGAAAGGAAACAAAAAAGCACUGGAUAACUUGGAAAACAGUUUCAAUGAACUCCAAAUUGAUUUGCCUAAAAAGAAUGUCGCAACGUUGGAUAACUACUUGAGGAAAGCCGUUUUGAACAGCCACAAACAGAAAAAUGCUGGUGAAAGUCUAGGGAUUCCAGUUCUAACCUCGACACCUUCAAAAUCCAGCAAUGGAUCCUUUGAUAUUUCCAGUUUUUGUGAUGAAAACGACGAUCUAGACCUGUCAGAUAUAGUCGAAGGAAUAGUUUCAAGACAACCCAACUAUUUCCAGGACGACUUGAAGAAAUUCAACUUGAAAUUAGAUACAUCAGAACACUAUCAAGAAUGCAUGGAUGCCAAUUCUUCCAGUUUCUUCAUUACUAAUCCCGUGGAGUUCGAUCUCUUCGAAAAGACGUUUGAUCACGAGGAUGAAAGUGGGGAAAGCACCGAUGAAUAUGAAUUUGAUGAAAACGAGUUUAGAAACAUGUGUGAAACAGAGGCUCAGGAGCUAGUUGAUGAUUAUAAUGAGAAUGAAAUUGGCUCGGCAGAGGAUAAAAUAAUUAGUGAACAUGUGGAAGGGGUAUUAGCAGAAGACGAUGAUAGUUUUUGUGUUAAAUAUGUUCCCUUGUUGGAAAGACUGAAAAAAUUUAAAUAAGUAUUAAAAUUGCUUUGC